GGCUGCGUUUACAAUGGUACACGUGCAAAUGUUCUGUAGAAAUUAUUCUAGUAUUUUACAUUUAAUUUUUAAAGUAUUUGGAAAACAUGCGCAGCGCAUUUCAAUUGGCGCCAACAAUUCUUGCUUAUUUCGUUGCGGGUGUUUUGACAGCAUUUUCGCAAACAUUCUAUUCACUUAUCUUUGAAGCAGAUGACUUUACAUGUGAAAUAAUUGUUAGUUUAUUAUUAAAUAAUGAAUGA